CCCAUGUCAUGUGAUUCAUAAUUAUUACCCUCUGUUGCAAUCUUUAAAAAUUACUUUAAAUGAUGUCAACUCCCAAUUUGUACUUUUUAAUGUGUACUAUGUUUGCAGCCCAUCUUCACCAGGACUGUCAGAAGAGGUUGUAUGUAUCCCAAUGGGGCCUUUCUGGUUAAAGUAGUCGGAAUAAAAAUAAGUGAAUCCCUCUAAUUGAAAUGUCUAUGUGUUGCAGUGAUGGAGGUGUCCCCUCAGGACCCGUCUCUCAUGGCUAUGGACCUGUCAAAGGGCUUCUCGGUCCACCCCCUGAACCGCGGCCACACUGAAGCCAUGGACCUGGGGAAGAAGCCUGAGUGGUACCACCGACGGCUGCCGAGCUGCAGCCCCGAGAUCAGCUCCCCGUACAGAUCCAGAGCCUCGUCCUCCUACAACUCUCAGCCCGGUCUCCACUGCAGAAAUAUGGAGCAGAGCCCCGAGGCGUUGAGUAACUAUAUGAACUCAACACUAGCUCCUGGGCUGUACCCUAACGGCAACCUGUGGCAUGCAGGUUUCUCAGUUCCUGAAAGCAGCGGCGGAGAGGAGAGCGACAGCGGCUCUGAUGUUAUUUUCCUCGUUUCGUCCACUAAGGAGCCGCUCUUAUGCAGCUCGUUCCUCCAGGACAGCAUGAGGCACAUCGUGGAGCCUCUGUCCCCGGAGGUGUCCUCGCUGGAAGAAGAGCGAGGCUGCUAUCACCUACCUCAGCCUCUGAGCUCGCCCAGUCCCGACAGCUCGGACUCAGAGGAGUCCUCAGACAGCUCCGUGGACAUCCCGAUACAUCACGCCCGGCCUGUCGUGCUUCUGUCAGACCUGAACACUGUGUACACACACCCUGCUGAAUCCCUGGUAGAUAUUUCAAGCGACGACAGUGACAUCAUUGAAGUUUCUGUCACUAGCAAAAACAAGAAAACCGUUUCUUGUAAGAAAAGUCUAGCGAGAGAAACUCCUCCUCAGAGUGAGGAUGAAAAAGUUCAGCCUAGAAGAAUCCGACGCAGCACUAGAAUCAGGAAAUCUGUGUCUGAAAUAUUUCAAAACGUCUGCAGCGAGUCGCCACGCAGCUUGUCCAGGUACAGUUUGAGGAGGCAAGCUAAAAAUAACGUGGUGGGCAUUUAUAACGAAAGCUGUGACUUUGACGACAUGAUGGAGUACGAGGCAAGGUUUACCAGCUCGGACACAGAGGAGUCGGCCUUGCAAGAACAUGUGUCCCAAAGAGUGAGCAGCAGCUCAGAGGAGUCUGAUGCGGCCUCUCAGAAAGACAGGAAGUCACCGCAGAGGGAGCAGCAGCCUCGUUGCAAAGCCAUCAAUUGUAAACGAAAGAAGCCUCCCGCCAUUUGUAAAACAAAAAAAACAAGAACUAAACAGACACAAAAAAGCACAAGUGCUACAGAGCAGCAUGAAAGUAAAAAAAUAAAACAAACAGUGGCACGACAGAAGAAAAAAGUGCGCUCGCGGCCAACUGGACCUUGUUCUCUGUUUUCUCCUAGAGAGCCAGAAAUAAAGCUCAAAUAUGCAAACUUAAAAGAGAAAAAACUGAAAAAGACAUCGGGGAAUUUUUGCCCCUUUGUUCACGUGCAGAAGAGGGCGUGCACUGUUGUUAACUAUCCAGAAGAGGAGGCGACGGUGAGGAGGGGGCAGCAGCAGAAAGCCUCCUCUCUGUCCGGGUUUGUUCCCCACACUUCCUGUUUCCAGCUGGGGCGCUCUGGCUCAGAGAGCGGGGGUGAGGUAGCUCUACUUUGCUGCCUGUGCGGUCAGACGGCCAACGCCACGGGCCUGGGGGACCUCCACGGCCCGUAUCACCCCACCGGCCCCUCUCUGCUGUGCAAGACUGAGCAGAAAGAGGAGGGACAAUCAAACGCCAGCAGAAGCUCAGUGAACUCCUCAGAUAAUGACUGCCAUGGCGUCAAAAGUCUGCUUGAGGGUGACAACCACUCUCUCCCAAAGAUUGUGGAGGUAUUUACCUCUUUAUUUCAACUUAACCUCCUCCCAAAGGUGCCUCUCCGUGUGGACGAGGGCUGGAUCCACGGGGACUGCGGCAUCUGGUCCACCGGGGUCUUCCUGGUGGGGGGGAAGCUGUACGGGCUGGAGGAGGCUGCCCAGCUCGCACAGGAAACAAAAUGUUCAGCGUGCCAACAAACAGGUGCAAUUAUGGGAUGUUUCCAGAAGGGCUGUCAUAGAAGUUAUCACUACUCAUGUGCCAUUCAAUCAGGCUGUGUCUUAAACGAGGAUAACUUCUCUACUAGAUGUCCAGAGCACAAAGUAAGUUCCAGCCUUGUUAUUCAGAGCUUUAAAUGUGUUGUUGGUCCAACGUGUGAGGAGCUGCAUGACCUCUGGGGGUCACUGGUGUUUUAUUUUCAAAUACCUAGUGUAUAGUUAUUUGAGAGGUAUAGAUUGUAUAUGCAAAUAUGUGGGUGAAAGAUUGAGACAUUUUACAUAUAGAAACAAAUGGAAAACACGGGCAGAUUUACUAACAAGGAAAAUUGUUUGUUGGAAAAUAUA